AUGCAAAAUAUAUUUCGAACAAUGAAUACAAAAUAUUGGACAAGUGGAAAUAAUCAAAUCGAUGAAAUUAUAAGAGCGUCACAACGUAGAGCAACGGAUAAUGAGGAUCGAAAUCAUUUCCUUGAAUGGAUAAAUAUUCAUAGAUUUUCCAACAUAAGAUAUAUUUCCAGCGGAGCUUUUGGAGACGUAUCUUACGCUAUUUGGUUCGAUGGGCCACCUAUCGAUGUUGAACGAGUUAAAAGAGGCCCACCAUGUGAUGUUGCAAUCAAGUUCUUUGAUUCGAUUACAGAAUUUAUGAAAGAGCUAAUACAUAAUCAUAAAAUGAUCGAAGCCUGUUCAAGUGCAUCCGGAUUUGGAAAUCUCAUUCACGUUUAUGGGGUCACGAGAGGCUUAAAUGGAAAUUAUGGAAUUGUAAUGCAAUACGCGUCAGAAGGAAGUCUUGAUUCAUUUUUAAAGAAUAAUUGGAGAUAUAUAUCAUGGGAAAUCAAAUUAGGAAUACUUAAAGAUAUAGCACGUGGAUUAAAAAAUUUACAUGAUGCAGGAUUAAUUCACGGAGAUUUGCAUUGUAAUAAUAUAAUGAUAACACGAGAUCGGGUGAAUUAUUCGAUUACAGCAUAUAUCGGAGAUUUUGGAUUUACAAGAUCAGAAGAACGUUAUACAAAUCGUACACAAAUUGUUGGAGUAAUUCCAUUUAUUGCACCAGAAGUAUUGGCAGGAAAAAAAUAUACCAAAAAAGCUGAUAUAUUUAGUUUUGGCGUUUUAAUGUAUCAAAUCGUUUGUAACAAAAAACCAUUUUUUGAUCAAAAUCAUAAUUUUCGACUGGCAAGAUCUAUAUAUGAAGGGUUACGACCUCAAUUUAAUAGAGAUUUAAUGCCUAUAUGUUAUGAAACUUUAAUGAGAAAUUGUUGGAAUUAUUGUCAAAGAAGUCGUCCUAAAUCCGAAAAACUGUAUGAAAAAUUUUCUGAGUGGGAAAGUAGUGUUUAUGAAAGAGAUUCUCCUUUUGAACAAUAUAGGUUAAUAGCUGUUCCUUUACCUAAUAAAUGUGAUCAUCAGUUCGCUGUUUAUACAACUCGUGUCUGGCAUUCACCACUUGCCCAUUCAUAUUCAAAAAAAAAAUAG